CUGGGGUUUGGGAUUGCUCUGGGGGGUUCGGGGGUGCCCCCCGGUUUUGGGGACCCCCUGACGCCCCCCAAGCCGCGCCACCAGCCUGGAGCUGCCCAUGGCCAUGCGCUUCCGGCACCUCAAGAGAACGGCCAAGGAGGCGGUGGGCGUCUACCGCUCGGCCAUCCACGGGAGGGGCCUGUUCUGCAAGAGGAACAUCGAGGCCGGGGAGAUGGUGAUCGAAUAUUCCGGAAUCGUCGUGCGCUCCGUGCUCACCGACAAGCGCGAGAAGUUCUACGACAGCAAGGGCAUCGGCUGCUACAUGUUCCGCAUCGACGAGGCCGAGGUGGUGGACGCCACCAUGCACGGCAGCGCCGCGCGCUUCAUCAACCACUCGUGCGAGCCCAACUGCUACUCGCGCGUCAUCCACGUGGAGGGCCACAAGCGCAUCGUCAUCUUCGCGCUGCGCCGCAUCCUGCGCGGCGAGGAGCUCACCUACGACUACAAGUUCCCCAUCGAGGAGCCGGCGGCCAAGCUGCCCUGCAACUGCGGCGCCCGGCGCUGCCGGCGCUUCCUCAACUGAGCCGGGGAGGGGCUCCGGGGGGUCCCCGGGGGUGCUGGGAUGGAGGUGUGGGAGGAUGGAGAGGUUCUGGAGGUGGUUGGAGGCGAUCGGGAGUUGGCGGGGGUGGUUUGGAGAAGGUUGUGGAGGUGUGGUGGUCAACCGAGAAUCAUGGUGGUCAGUCAAGAGCCAUAAGGGGUCAACCAAGACUUGUGGUGGCCAACCAAGACUUGUGGUGGCCAACCAAGAAUCAUGGUAGUCCAUCAAGAGUUAUGGAGGUCAAUCAAGAGUUGUGGUGGUCAACCAAAAAUCAUGGUGGUCAAUCAAUAGCCAUAAGGGUCAACCAAGAAUUGUGGAGGUGAACCAAGAGUUGUGAUGGUCAACACAGGGUUGUGUGGUCGACCAAGAGCCGUAGGGGUUGACCAAGAAUCAUGGCAGUCAACCAAGAGUCAUGGAGGUCAACUAAGAAUCAUGGUGAUCAACCAAGAGUCAUGGUGGUCAACCAAGAGUUGUGGUGGCCAACCAAGAGUCGUGGUGGCCAACCAAGAGUCAUGGAUGUCAACCAGGGGUCAUGGUGGUUGACCAAGGAUCAUGGUCAACCAAGAAUCAUGGUGCUCAAGCAAAAGUCCUGGAUCUCAACCAAGAGUCACGG